AUGACGACUCUGAUCUAUCUGGCUGCCCUUGCCUACUUCCACCUUCCAGUUUCACAGGCAUACCAGGGCUCUAAUACUUCCAUCCUUUGCUCGGCAGAUAAUCGACAAAUCGUCGACAACACAACAGACUACUGGCCAUACCAACUCUACAAGUCUACCAAUGCCACUCCGCCGUACAUGGGUAUCACCACCAGCGGCGAGCCGCUCGCUGAAGGUGUGAUAUUCCUCGGUCAGAAUUAUAGACCAGGUACCCAUGCGAUCAAACAGCAAGGGGCUAUGAUCAUGACCGAUACAAGCGAUCUGGUCUGGUCUGGACCCUCAUCCUCUGAUGUAACAGUAUCCGAUUUUAAACAAAUGACCUUAAACGGUGAACAGGUCAUUCUAUACUGGUCCUCUGUUGGUGAUCAACCAACUGAGGGAAUUGGAUACGGUCAGGUACAUAUCCUUGACAGCACAUACCGAGAAAUUUACACCAUCUGCCCGGACCUGGGAUUGACUCUGCUUCCCGGCGCAUCUUCACCGUGUAGUGCCGAUCUUCACGAACACUACAUCACCGAGUCGAACACCCUCCUAGUUACUGCUUUCAAUCUGACUCAGGCUGAUUUGACAUCAAUUGGGGGCACCACCGACGAAUGGGUUUUAGACGCUCUUGCUGCAGAGGUUGAUCUCGAAACCGGGGCUAUUCUCUUCACUUGGAGUGCACUGGAGCAUGUGGCUGUCAACAACACGCAGCAAUCCAUGCCAUCUUCCGGCACCAGUCAAUCUGUUCCCCUUGACUUGUACCAUAUGAACUCCAUCCAGUCAUAUGGCGAGUACUACUUGAUCAACUGUCGACACACAUUUUCAACGUAUAUGGUUGACCGUGCUGGUGAAAUUAUGUGGUCUCUUCAAGGCCAGACUGGAGGAGACUUCGGUAGUUUACCCACCAAUGGGACCUUUUCAUGGCAACAUCAUACUCGCAUGAUUAACGAGUCCUCUACUACGGCUCUUUACUCAUGUUUUGAUAAUGGCAAUUCAAAUCCUUCGAAGAACGUCACCUCGUACGGUGUUUCUUUACGAUUGACAUUACCACCAAACCCAUCAAACCCGCCAGAGCUAGUCACCAGCCUGUGGGAUGUAAACGAACAGGUCUACUCCUGGGCCGAGGGGUCUUUGUCCCAGCUCGACAACGGCAACUACUUCAUGGGCUACGGCAUUCGUCCGAUCAUGAAAGAGUACGGCCCCAACCCUACUGUCGAAGGCAACGUCCGCUGGACUGCCCAGUUUGCCGAUCUCAACUCGGGCCAUAGCUAUCGCGCGUUCAAGACUAACUGGCAUGCGACGCCUUACACCCAGCCAACCCUCAUUGUAUCUCAGUCCGCAGUUCCAGAUUCCCUGUCCAACUGUACUGGCUCAUCCUCGUCAUCCUUUUUGAUCGGCUACGUGAGCUGGAACGGCGCAACUGACGUGACCUCGUACGUCGUCUAUGGUGGUGCCAGCGAGGCCAACCUCGAGGAAAUCGGCACAUUCCCUAAGCAAGGGUUCGAGACCGUCUUUGCUAUACCUUCUAAUGUCAAAGCUGUGCAGAUUGGCGCGAUAGAGAACAACGGCACUAGUGUUGUGCAGAGAUCGGCCGUUGUGACUAUCUGA